AUGGCAGAGACCACUGAACCCUCGGUAGGAGUCCUAGCCCCCAAAGAGAACGCAGAACCCCCAGCACUGUUGGAAAAGGGAAUCGGAGAACCGGGGUUUGCUACUGGGGUGAAAGAGGAGGAGGAGGAGAUGGAGGCGAAGCUCAAUGAAGAAAAGCAGUCCUGUGCAGAAGAUGCUACCGGAGACGGGGCGGGAGCAAGAUCCCCCGUAGAGACUCCCAGUGAGUUGAGGGAGGAAGCAGGAGUAACAAUUGGCCAGAAGAAAGCAGAAGAGAGUAAAACCGAGACGCAAAGUCACUGGGAGGAGGAUACACAGAAAAAACACGAGGACACAAUAAGGCAAUCCCCCGGGAACGUGGAGGAGCAAAAAGAAGAGCAAAAGGAGGGAAAGGAAGAGAGGAGUGAAGUACCGAAAGACGUAGAAGAGGCGAUCUGCCAGGAAAGAAGAUGCGAACUGGAGGACAGCAGCAGCACUGAGCGCCAAAGGCUAGAGGAGAGCCAGGGAGAAGCCAGAGGAGCGCAGGCCCCCGGAGACCCGGAAUCUGAGGCAGAGGCAGGGGCGGAGCACAGCGUUGAGGGUGAAGCAGCAGUUGUAACUACAGCAGCAGCAGCAGCAGGAGCAGCUUCCCAGGAAACGGUCCAGGGAGGCGUGAAGCUCGUACAACCCGAGGGAAAGCUAGCAGAGCCUGGAGUGGGGAUGGAAGCAGAGGACCUCGAAAGAGGGAGGGCGAAAGGACUAGAAGAUAGAAAUUCAGAAAAUGGAGAGAGCUAUGGAGAAGAAGAAAACAGUCCCGUACACCAAAUGGAGGCCAGGGAGCAGCAGGAGGAAGUGGAGGAGCGACAGAGCCUUGAGGAGGACCCUGACAGGGGCAGUCUGAUGAUAGAUGAUGAGCAGGAAAAUGAGGCUCGGGGUAAUGUUCACCCCGAGAGCAAAGAAGUUGAGGCUGCAGAAGGGCUGGCCGAGGAGGAAAGCGGAGGCCAGGAAGGUGUAAAGGACUCCGAAGCUGGAGGGGAUCCUAGCGAAGCAGUGCAGGUGGGGUGUGACAGCCUCGGUGCCAAGAGGGAUGUCCAAGAAGAAGCCCUGGAAGAGGGGAGAGAAAAUUGGGGUAGGGAGAACCCUAACGUAGAAGUCGUGGCCCAGGGCGAGGAAGAUCACCUUGAUGGGAGCCCACAGAAGGAGGAGGAAAAUGAGGAGACUACCGCAGAAAGAAACUUAGAGGCAGAGCUGAGCAAUCACCUGUCGGAGACUAGCUCCGAAGGUGCCGGGGCUGAAACCGAGACAAAUAAACUAAGGGAAGGGCUGAACGGCGCGAGAGAGGAAGGAGAAACAUCCGAGGAGGAGUCUUCUGGAGAGAGCGCCUCAGCCCCCGCGCUGGCCCCGGGGAAUGAACACGACAUUUCCCUCUUCGUUAAGGCUGGUUAUGAUGGUGAGAGCAUUGGAAAUUGCCCAUUUUCUCAACGACUCUUUAUGAUACUGUGGCUAAAAGGUGUUAUAUUUAAUGUUACAACAGUGGACUUGAAAAGGAAACCUGCAGACUUGCAGGAUCUGGCUCCUGGAACAAACCCACCUUUUAUGACUUUUGAUGGAGAAGUAAAGACAGAUGUGAAUAAGAUUGAGGAGUUCUUAGAAGAAAAAUUAGCCCCACCAAGGUACCCUAAGCUUGGAACCCAGCAUAUGGAAUCAAACUCUGCAGGAAAUGAUGUAUUUGCAAAAUUUUCUGCGUUUAUAAAAAACACAAGAAAGGAUGCCAAUGAGAAUUUGGAAAAGAAUCUGAUAAAGGCUUUGAGGAAACUAGAUAAUUACUUAAAUACCCCUCUGCCUGAUGAAAUUGAUGCAUACAGCUCAGAAGACAUCACUGUUUCCAAGAGGAAGUUCCUCGAUGGGAAUGAACUCAGUUUAGCAGAUUGUAAUCUCCUACCUAAGCUCCAUAUCAUUAAGAUUGUGGCCAAGAAAUACAGGAAUUUUGAGUUUCCCUCUGAAAUGACUGGCCUAUGGAGAUAUUUGAACAAUGCCUACACUAGAGAUGAGUUCACAAAUACCUGCCCUGCUGACCAGGAGAUUGAGUAUGCAUAUUCUGAUGUUGCAAAAAGGAUGAAGUGAUGCCAUGAUCUCUGCUGGUUUUCUUUAUAGAUGGAAUCAGAUCAAAUGGUGUACAAAAAGAAAAUUUUCUCCUAUUUUGUUUUAAGUUUUGCCAAUGGCCAAUCCUUAAAAAAAAAAAACAAGCUGGUAGUAUGAUCUGCUCAAUGCCAAAUAACAUGUAUGCGUUCUACUUGUACACAUGUCUCUAUAGACCAAAUAUCUAUUAAUGUGAAAUACACACCACUGUCCAACUCAAUGUUAAUAACAGGUUAUUAUAAUCUUUGGUUUAGGAUUGCAUAUUUUAGUGGUUUAAUUUUCAAAGCAGGACAUGUUACGGUAAAAAUUGUUGCUUGAUUUUUUUUUAUUGUUCGUUUUUCUCUCUCAGACAUUUUUUAGCUGUCAUGAUCUUAUAUCUUGAUUCUUCACAACUGAAAUAUCAGUUUAAAAGAAAGGAACAGCUGAAGGUUACAUUUGCCAAACCCCUUGACAAUAGUCCAUGGAAGAACUAAAAAAAAAUUAUUCAUGGAAUUUUAGAGCUCAAAGGGACCUUAGAGAUUACUUAGUCUGACUCCAUCACUUUACAGGGAAGGAAAACUAAGACCCACAGAGUGUAAGCGAUUUGUUCAAGGCCAAACAACUCACUCAUGUCAUAUCAGUAAUUAGAAGCCAGGGCUUCCAGCUCUGCUUUGUGCUACAUUAGGCUAUUCCUCUACCAUACCACAUUGUCUCUCAACUCGAAGAAGGUAUUAAAGGGUUGAAGAAUGACUUGAGCACUGAAAGGAGGAGUGAAAACAAAUAGAUCUUAUAUAUACAAACUCACUCCUUACCUUAAUGGAUUUCUUUCCUCCCUUGUUUUACCUUCCACAAAAGCAUUAAGACUUAAUCUUUGCUUAAAUUUGGGAGAAAUUUUAUAGAAGACAAAGGGGUCAGAUAUGGAAUUUUAAUAGCACCUCUUCCCCUCCCCCCUUUCAUUCUUGGGGAUAGACUUCCCAGUUUUUCAAAAGUUGACUGUUCAGAGUAUGAAUUGCUUAGGUGUUCUCCUCUUAAAGUAUUUGAGUCACUUCCCUAUCUCUUUGCACCUUCACUAGAGAUUAGACAGCUCAGUUUGACCACUUUCAGCAGUUUGGGGAAAAUGGAAAAUGUUGACUAAAAAGAGGGCUUCUAGUUUUAUUGACACCAUACCUGUACCCAGUCAUCAAAAGCUACGUGUAUUAUUGGCUAGGUAUUGGAAAGACUUUUGGAAGUAGAGACACAGCUUCCAACCAGUGACAUGGGAGAUUCUUUAUGUAAUGACAGUUGACAGAACACAGAAUCAUAAAAUAUUAGAAAAGACUUCAGUGAAUCUCUAUUCUGAUCCCCUCAUCUUACAAGGGUAGGGGGAGAAACAAAAAAAAGAUAGUCACAGCCAAGGUAUAAAUUGUUGCCUACUGGGAUGUGUCUCUGUCUCAUCAUAUAAAGUAACUUAUAUGGUUGACUUAAAUGCUUAUUUUCCAUUUAUAUAUCCUGCAUACAUGUUAUAGAAUUCACAAAGGCUGUAGUGAAACACACAUUACAGAUAUAAAUGCCCAAAGUAAAAACUUGGUUUCAAAGGAACAAAACACUUAUCAAGUGGAAACUACUUUGCUUUUUUUUAUUCAUUGGAAUAUUGCUAGUUGAGGGAAAGGUCAUGUGUUCCUUAGCCAUUAACCUCUGAAAUCCCAGUGCCUACUUCAUGUUGCAAUUGUCAAUAGGGUCAACGAGAACAAAAUGUGGACUUCUUACUCUACCUUCUCCUCUUUUUAGGAAUUACUUUAACCUAAGUUUUAUGAUACAACCUUUUAGGUAGUAUAGAAGCAGUUAGUAUACAAAUGUUGCAGAAGUAAUGUCAAGAUCUAGACAUACACACAGAACAUCAAUGUACUCUUCA